UGCAUGGCCAUACUUUCAACAGCAGUGGCUAAAGGUAUUGAAAGAUGGGUGAAAGCGUAUGAGGACAAGGGCAGAUUUGCAACUAUUGACACUACAAAUGGAGUUGAAGCCAUGAACAAGGUUGUAAAACAUUUUUUCCUUAAACACAAUUCAGACAGGACUUUAACUGGGGUUACUAAGGUUAUAAUAAACCAGUUUCUUCCAAGCCUAAUUAGAAAGUACUGUCUGCAGAAUUCUGCCAUCAAAGUUUAUAACAAAGAUGUUCCACUGUUUUUGCAUAAAAAAACAAACAAGUUUGUGAAACAUGUCAUGCAGCGAUAUGCAUCAGCAAAAGUUGAGUUAACUGCAAGAUCAGUGAGUAGGAGAUCGGAUGGUUCAUUUUGUGUGGAGAGCGCAAAGUCCAAAAACUGUAAUUAUGUUGUAAACUUUGAUAUACCAGAUUGCACAUGUGAAGAUUUUCGGAGAUAUAAAUACCCAUGCAAGCAUUUCUGUGCAAUCUUUAUUUUUUAUCCAGAGUGGGGUUUUGAUAAAAUGCCAGAAAGUUAUAAGACUAGUCCAUUAAUCUGUCUUGUUGAAAUGUAUGGGAUGGGCUUUAGAAGUGGCUCUUCAGUAAUUUCAUAUGAAGGCAGUAGUAGUGAGGAGGCUGUCGAGGUUGAGGAGGCUGUCGAGGCAGCAAAUACAGAUGGUGUUGUUCAAACCCAGAAUAUUCCUUUGCAGCAGUUUGAAGCAAGGGAGCUGUGUAAACAGAUUUAUAAUCUCACAUACAACUGCAGCAACAGUGAAACAUUACAAAAAGUACUUGAAUCACUGAGCAACUGUGUGCAAGAUUUGCAAUUAGCAAAUCCUGAAGUUGGUGGUCUCCCAUUAGCAGUGCCAUCAACUUCCAAACAAUAGCGAAGAACGAUGCCAAAAGCCUUGCAAGAUCUGUCUUAAACACAUUAUAACUUCCCAUUUGAAGGGUAAGAAAUGAUGGUUUAUUUGAAUUUUAGAUAGCUCUUUGUCUAUGUAAAAUACAAAUAAGCUCCGUCAUUUCUGAUCCUCGAGAUGGAAUGCUAUGAGGUCUUUAUGUUGGUCUCUGCUUUUAAACUUUGUUGCACAUUUAAAUUUCGAAGUAGCAAUAGAUAAAAUAUUAUAAAAAGGAUAGUUGCUACAUUUGUGUGUGUAUUUGUGAGUGAGCGAGUGUGUGGCGCUUUUGAAAAGGCCCUUGUUGCCCGAAAGAUAAGUCUGAUAGUCUUUUUGUUGUGCCUUUCUGUGACUCAGCAUCUUCACCAUUUGGUGAGCAGCAACAACUAUCCUUUUCAUAAUAUUGUUACAUUCCAUCCUGGAUUUUUCGUUGUUCAUCAGAGAAAAGAUUUUUCUGAGGAAUUAAACUAGAUGGUAGUGUAGAACUUGCAAACUUUUUAAAAUAUGAAGUAAAAGAUUUUAACUUUAAAUUAGGUUAAUUCAAAUAUGGGACAAUGUUGAGAAUUGAAAAGGUGGAAAAAAUAAAUAAGAUAGAUCUUAGUGGCAUUGAGAUGUCGUAUGACUGAUGGAGGAAAGAUUUUGCAUUUCUUUUUCCAAGUAAGAAUGCACUUGCUCUCACUUGCUUCAAUACAUGUCUAGUGAUUCACGUGAAACAGAGAUAAACUGCCCUGUUAAUGAACAUGAGAUAGCCCGGUAUCACUCUGACAGAAGAGUAUGGUGUUUCCUUGAUAUGGUAUCUGGUCAGCAAUGUCAUUGGAACCAAAUGAAUUACUGCAGAUACCACACAGAAGCAAUUACUGUUACUGGAAUACCAGUAAUGUUUAUUAAAUUCAGUUGUAAAGUAGUUCUGGCCAUUGCAGCUGGUGAGCAAUGUCAUUGGGCACCAAAAGAAUUAUGAUGGAUUUCUGGCCUUCAGUCCAUGGGAAAAUUCACACCGGAUUGCAUCAAGACUGUUAUAUUCCAAGGAUAUCUCGGAAGAUUGAUAGUAUUCCUGAAGGAAAACAAUCCAUAUAGUAUUUCACAUGUGUAUCAAACUGCCAUUUGUUGUGGCACAUAAAUGUUUGCAACUUGAUUGUAAUUUUUGAACAGUUUUUCAACAAUCCAAGAAUUUCUUGUAAUGAGAAGUAGACAUUGUUGCUUGGGUAAAGGAAAUACAAAUCACGGUCAAUAUAACUACCUUAUUAAUUUUCCACAGAGAAAUAUUUUUCACUACUGCUACUUAAAAAUUCAAAUGUGUGACGAAGUUUGCUUACAGAACUUGGCAUAAAGAUCUCCCUUAUUUGUAUUUUUUAGGUAGCUCUUAUUGUUUGAUCCUUCAAAUGGAAUGCUAUGACCUCCAUGUGAUCUAUUCCUUAGUAGUUAAUUAUCCAUUAAGGCACAAAUAUAUGAACAUUACAAUGAGAGGGGUAUUUAUGCCAGGCCCUGUAAAAGUAAUGGCAUCUUACUUAAUAUUAUUGUUGGGAAUUCGAUGGCACAGCUGUGGGGAGACCACAAAUUUCAGGGUUUGCUAACUGCAAAUCUGGCACACAGUUGCUGAGUGAUACGAGUACUUUUCAUAAUGUUUCACUGUUGAUACAGUUGUAUGUGAGAUUAUAAACCUGUUUGAACAACACCUUCACUUCAAAUUGCUGCAAAGAAAUGGUUAUGGUAUCAGUGUGAUGCUCUAUAUGUGUUUCCUCAACUGUGUCCUCAUUGCUACUGUCUUCAUGUGAAAUUACUGCAGACACACUUCUGAAACCAAACCUGUACAUCUUGUGAAGACAGAUUAAUGGGCUAUUCCUGCAGCUUUCUGGUAUUUUAUCAAAACCCCACUCUGGAUAGAAAAUAAAGAUUGCACAGAAAUGCUUGCAUGGGUAUUUAUAUAUCUCAAAAUCUUCACAUGCACAGUUUGGUAGAGCAAAGCUUACAACAUAAUUAGUCUUUGAACAUUGUACUCUCCAUACAAAACAUUGUCCAACUUCACAUUCACUAAUCUUGCAGUUAAUUCAACUUUCCCUGGUGCAUAUCACUGCAUGACAUGUUUCACAAA